AGAGCCUUCUCUAGAGAGCUGGAUCUUCACAUCAUGUAGGAUAAUUUGAGCCUGAACAUUUGUGUCUUGAGGUUUCCACACUGGGAUUCCAAGGUACUCCAGCCCUAGCAUUUCAGAGUGCUGAAAAGACCUGCCUCGUCACCCAGGCAUUGGCCUAGGAAGGCCAAGAAAUGAAAAAGGGAAUGAAGCCAAUGUCUGGAACAAAUUACACUUUGGUGACCAACUUCAUUCUUUUUGGACUCACAGAACAUCUGGAAAUGCAGCCAUUGCUCUUUGCAACAUUUUUAAUCAUCUAUAUUGCUACUCUGCUGGGGAAUCUUGGAAUGAUUUUAUUAAUUUGGGUUGUUCCCCAGUUGCAUACCCCCAUGUACUUCUUUAUUAGCAGCCUGUCCUUUUUAGAUGCCUGUUAUUCCACCACCAUCACACCUAUAAUGCUGAUGACUUUCUUAGUGGAAAAGAAAACCAUAUCUUAUGCUUCCUGUAUUGCACAGUAUUAUUUCUUUGCAAUAUUUGCCACAACAGAGUUCUUCCUAUUGGCUGCAAUGGCAUAUGAUCGCUAUGUGGCCAUCUGCAACCCUUUACUCUACACUUCAGUGAUGACAAAGAAGCUUUGUAUAGGAUUGAUAGCUGGCUCAUAUUUAUGGGGAGUUGUGAAUGCUAUGAUUCAAACUUGUGGUUUGUUAAGGUUGUCCUUUUGUGGCUCCAGCAGCAUCAAUCACUUUUUCUGUGAUAUCACCUCCCUUCUGAAACUGGCUUGCAAUGACGUCUCUGUGAAUGAGAUGCUGAUAUUCAUUUUUGGCAGCUUGUUUGAAAUGAGCACCUUGCUGAUCAUUAUUACCUCUUAUAUAUUCAUUAUUACUGCAGUUCUAAGGAUUCACUCCACAGAGGGGAGGCAUAAAGCAUUUUCUACCUGUGCGUCACAUCUCACAGCAGUGUCCAUAUAUCAUGGAACUAUUCUCUUCAUGUACUUCCGGCCCAGUUCUAGCUAUUCCCUCGACACUGACAAAACAGCAUCUGUGUUUUACACAGUAAUAAUACCCCUGUUGAAUCCAUUGAUCUACAGCCUGAGGAAUAAGGAUGUAAAAUAUGCCGUGAAAAAAGUGUUUGGAAGAGAACUGGGCUCCUAGUAAAUAUCUCUUUUACUUUAUUUUCAGAGUAAAUGAACAAAAGUGCCCACAUUUCAGAAAACGUGUGAAGUCUUAACAAAGAAUUUCUUAAAUAUAAUAGAUUAUUAAUGGAAUCCUAGCAAUUCUUCCAUAUUGCUAAAUAUACCUUAAA